CUAAUCAGAGCCACCAUUAUUAUAGAGAGAGAGAGAGAGAGAGAGACACACACACACACACAGUUUCUUCAACCUAGAUCUGUUCCUAAUUUUGCGUUCUGAUCCAUUUUCUUUCUCAGUCUUCCAAGAAUGGAAGUGAGAAGAGAGAGAUUCUGCGACUGUGGAAUGCCUCUGGGAGUGCCACCACAUUAUUGCGAAGCUAACAACUUGGCGGGAAACGGGUAUCGAGCCAGAGCUCCGGGUCCGUACAAUGGUCGGGUCGGUUACGGGGCUCCAAACGGUGGCGGGUAUUACCGACAGCCGCCAAGGCCGGUGAUGAGGCCACAUCCACAAGCGCCACCUCCGUUGCCGUUAUAUGGCAGCGGCAGCGGGAACAAGAGGGCGCUGCUGUGCGGAAUCACUUACGGGAAGGGACGUCAUGCGCUGAAGGGUUCAGUGAAUGAUGUGCUUCGCAUGAAAGCCUUCCUCAUAGACUACCUCGGAUUUCAUCCUCAUUCCAUUGUCGUCCUCCGAGACGAUCAGUAUAAUGACUGGAAAACAGUGCCAACAAAAGCGAACAUGAUAGAAGCGAUGAAGACGCUUGUGAGAGGAUGCAAGGCAGGGGACUCGCUGGUGUUUCACUACUCAGGGCACGGAUCCAGGAUUGAGGACAACGACAUGGACGAGGUAGAUGGGUACGAUGAAGCACUGUGCCCUGUGGAUUACGAGGACGCUGGCAAAAUACGAGACGACACCAUUAACGAUGUUCUUGUCAAGCCUCUUCCUCGUGGAACCAAACUCCAUGCCAUCAUCGAUACUUGCAGUAGCGGUACUGUUCUUGACUUGCCAUUCAUGUGCAGGAUGAACAGGUUUCGUGAAUACAAGUGGGAUGAUCAAAUGAUAGGGAAACCACAUUAUAAAGGGACAAAUGGAGGGGUCGCUGUAUGCAUAUCGGCUUGUGAUGACGAUGGAACCUCAGGAGACACUUCGGCAUUUGGAAUGAAUGGAGGAGCAUUGACUCACAGUUUCAUCCAAGCCAUGAAGAACAAACCCGGAGGAAUGAGCUAUGGCAACUUGCUGCAUUCAAUGAGAUCAAUGGUUCUUGAAGCCAAGAAGCUCAUUGGCUUGGAUGCUUACCAGCAACGUUUCCACGUUAACAAUCCUCUGCAUUAUGUCCAUGAGCCGCAGCUUUCAUCUUCUGAGAAAUUUGACAUUCAUUCAAGGCCUGUUGUGAUAUGAAACAUUCCAAAAUAUAUAAUAACGGAGCAAAUAUAAGUGUACUGAAAUCAGAGGAAGAAAGAGAACAAAAUAUGCGCCUUAUAAUAGUCAUGGACUUAUGGUCACAGAAAAGAAAAAUGUGCUAAGUCUAGGUUUUAUAUAGGUAACCAAAGCACUCUGUGCUUCUGUGAAAUAAAUUAUAGAAAAUAUUGUUCAUCUGGUCCAUCUAAUUUUGAUUUGGUUGUAACUA